UAAAUUUUCGUCUAAAGCUUAUAUUUUAAAGUAAGUGCUAGGUACAACACAGCACGCAAACACCUCAAUUAGUACAAUAGAAAUUAUUGUUUAGUCACAAUGUGAAGCGAAUUAAAGCAGAUCUCAACACACAUACAACACCUACAUGCCCAGCGUUCAUUAGCAGUAGAAAAAUCAAUGAGUGACAAACCUCGGUCACAAGAUUGCAAUCCAUCGAAAUCGCGACUACGAACAAAAGAGUCUUAACUAAACCCUUCUAGAUUUUGGAAUCGCCUCACUCUCCACAUGUCUUUCCAAGUGUAAACUUAUUCGUCUCCGCAGCAGAGGGUCAACUGGCAAUCAAUUAAGCCUCCAAUAACACACGAUAGCAAUUAGAUUCCGGGUUCAGCUGCACUAGAUUCCAUUCCGAAAAAUGGCAGAGGGCGAUAAUUCAGAGCAUUUGGAAAGAACUGAGCUUCCGGCUCCGAUGAUUUCCCGCAAGGAGGUCAGUAUCUGGGCCAUUCUCAAGAACUGUAUCGGCAAGGACCUAAGCAAAAUCACCAUGCCGGUCAUGCUGAACGAACCACUGAGCUUCCUCCAGAGACUCUGCGAGUACAUGGAGUACGCACAACUGCUGACCGAGGCAGCUCACCAGGAAUCUCCGGCCGACCGGAUGAAAUACGUGGCGGCCUUUGCCGUAUCGGCAUUAGCCUCAAACUGGGAACGCCUUGGAAAACCUUUUAAUCCACUUCUUGGUGAAACAUACGAGCUCCAGAAAGGAGAUUAUCGAAUUGUCUGCGAACAAGUCUCCCAUCAUCCUCCAGUAUCUGCAUUUCAUGCAGAAUCCAAAGACUUUAAGUUUCACGGUACAAUAAACCCGAAAAUCAAGUUUUGGGGUAAGAGCGUUGAGGUGAAUCCGAAGGGAACCGUCACCAUUGAGUUUCCAAAAUGGAACGAAAGCUACAGCUGGACUAAUGUCAAUUGUUGCGUCCAUAAUAUAAUUGUGGGCAGACUUUGGAUAGAGCAAUAUGGAAAUAUGGAGAUCAUCAAUCAUUCCACUGGUCAUGUUGCAAGCCUCACCUUCAAGUCCGCGGGAUCUGGAGCUAAAAACUUGCAUCGAGUUGAGGGAUUUGUCAAGGAUGCCAGUGAAGCAAAUCUAUACUUUCUGUAUGGCAAAUGGACCGAGUUUAUUAAAUGCUGUUCUGCCGAAUCGUACAUUCAGUAUCUGAAGCAGGGAACCAGAAAGAAUGACGACUUUGAUGGCUCGCCGAAUGGAACCCCCAAGAAAAUGUUCUCGAAAUUGAAUAGUUUCAAGUUGAACUCAUUUAGGAGUCUGUCCAUUCAAGAUAACGAUAGUUGCCCACCUUUCGAGCAAGAAGGUGACAUACCAAAGAGUGAUUCUGCUUAUUCGAUUGAUAUACCCGACUCGUCGACUUUGUGGAGUUGUAAACCCAGACCUUCCAACUGUAACGAGUAUUACCAGUUUACGCAUUUUGCGCUGCAGCUUAACGCCAUGAAUAGUAAUAUGAAACCACCGCUAACACUUUGCCCUACCGAUUCGCGACUGCGACCUGAUAUAUUAUACUUAGAGGAAGGAAAUCUGGAUGGAGCGUCCAAGGAGAAGACCCGCCUCGAGGAGAAACAAAGGCAUACACGGAAACAAAGAAAAACCACCAAUAGCGAUGACUGGACUCCGAGGUGGUUUAAGUACACAACUAACCCCAAUACCAAAACCGACGAUUGGCUAUAUAGCGGAGGCUAUUGGGACCGCAAAUACGAAAACACCGAUACGAUAUUUUAGAUACAUUUUGUAGAGUGCUUACGCUUACAGUAUAUAUAUAUUUGUAAAAA